AAAGUGAACGUGAAAUCUUCACCGUCCCGGGCUGCUGCCACCAACCGACGACGUUAUGUGAAAGCUUUCCACAUCUUCUCUUGUCAACGCAGCCACCACAUCCUCCAUUCCGAUUACGAUCCGGCCAUUUGCCAUGUCUCAUUCCCUGUACGCUUCGCGCAACAAACGCCGUCAUUUCUCGGUUUUCCUUCUCGCGUUUAUAUUCCUUCUCGCGUAGCCCCUCGAGGCCACUCAAGGAAAGUGAAUUCGCGGUGCGUCUUUCGCUUUCCUUCAUGCCAUUAUCGGUGCGGGGUUUGUUUCGAUUUUGCUUUUGCUUCGCAUUUUCGCCGCACGGAACGAGGCCAAAACGCGGCAGAAAUGUGUGUGCGCGCGCGCGUUUCGUCCGCAAUUCAUCCUAUUCCCCUUGGGUGAAUUCGUUGACCUAGUAGCCGCUGGUUAAUGACCCUUGCAGAAAAAGCUCGUUUUGUGACGAUAUGUCUUACGGGUGCGCAACGCCGAAGGCUGAUGCUGUUUAUCAUAAGAUUCUCACCAGAAUGGGCAUACGGCCGAAAACCGGCUAGACGGGUUAUGUAUGCAGAAGACAACAGACAGGUGUCGCACGGAUGAAGAAUUGUUCAAAAAAUACAAUAUUUACACUGUCAACUGUCUACCCUGUGAUGACAUUUGAAAUGAGUAAUUAGUAAACAGGGGGAAAACAAAUCGACGUGCAUUUUGGGUAUGUAAGGAAACACUUUAUUUGCAGCUUGGUUAGCGUCUCUUUCUCUUCUAUUGUGUCCGCGCACAAUGGCAGUUGUUUGCGUACCGAAACAUUGAUAAAGUAUAAUCUGUAGAUUCAUAAAUCUCGCAAUAGCCGUAAAAAGAUCAAAGAAUGUUUUCCUGUAUUUAUUUGAAUCUCAUUUCGUAAGACGUUGAAAUGAUCAAAUCUUCUCGUUAAAUAGGGGUUUUAUAUUCGCCUGACUUGAAGCUCCCACGCUUCUGUGACUUUAAUCAGCUAUUAAAGGAAGUAUCACUCGAAGGCAUCAAUGAAAAAACACAAUGCCGAUGGAAUUGGUCCUGAACGAUAACCAGUUUCGUUGGUUAAAACAAUUCAGCACCAAUUCCCUCUUCAUUAUACCCACCUGGGAUGGGAUGCUAUAUUUCAUUCUACCAGACAUUCUGAGCAUCUAUUUUAGGGCACCUUAGAAUGAAACUGUAUGUAUUGAAGGAAGAGAUUCGAGUUACAAGUUGUUUGUAUCACACCUUCUUGCUAAUCAGCACGGCUCACACGAAGUCCACGUGCGAGACUGUUCCUCGCUGCUGUGAUUUUAGAUCUGCCGAUUUUAUAGCUGCCAUGUUUACUACUUUAACGUCAAAUAUUGACCACCACAUCGAGUGUGUUUGUUGCUGCAACAGUGCAAUUAGAUACUAAAUAGGACUUAACGAACGCAAACGGCAAAACAAGCGGCACCAAGAUGACUGCGGUGGAAGUAAUAUCCGGCUACAAAUACUACGGCAAGGCGAACGAUCCGAACAAAAAGAUCGUUCUGAAUCAUCUCAACAUGAGCGUCACCCGCGGUUCGAUCUACGGACUUCUGGGUGCCUCCGGUUGCGGCAAAACCACACUACUCUCCUGCAUCGUGGGACGAAAGUUUCUCAACGAUGGCGAAAUUAACGUUCUCGGCGGAACACCCGGCACAGCAGGUUCGGGCGUUCCGGGGCCACGGAUCGGCUACAUGCCACAGGAUAUCGCGCUCGUGGAGGAGUUCAGCAUCAAAGAAACGAUCUACUAUUUCGGCAGAAUAUAUGGCAUGUCGAAGGAGAAGAUUCGAGAACGGUACAAACUGUUGAAACACUUACUGGAGCUGCCUGGAGACGAUCGGUACGUCGGCAACUGUAGCGGUGGUCAACAGCGGCGGGUUUCGUUCGCUGCCGCCAUGGUACACGAACCGGAGCUGCUUAUACUGGAUGAACCGACCGUCGGGUUGGAUCCGUUGUUGCGCGAGAAGAUAUGGCAGUACCUAGUCGAAACGACAAGUACAAGCAAAAUGGCUGUGAUUAUAACGACACACUACAUCGAGGAGGCAAAGCAGGCAGGUUUUAUUGGUCUGAUGCGGAAUGGCAUACUGCUGGCGGAGGACACACCGACCAACAUCCUGGAGCGAUUCUCCUGCACGUCGCUCGAGGAGGCCUUUCUCAACCUCUGCCAGAAGCAUGGUCCCUCCGAGGAGGCUGACCGUACGACACAUCAAACGCAAACGCUCCGAGCGAUUGCGGGCGCCCAAGACCUUAAGAAGGUAAUACCGGCGCUGACGACCAACGAACAGAAGACGAAAGACGGGGGAGGUUUGUUCGCGGAAAAACGGAAACCUCUCACCAGCACGAUCAAGGAGCUGGUCAGCUUCACAAGCAAACGGCGCAUGAAUGCACUGCUGUCGAAGAACUUCCUCCAAAUGGUCCGACAACCGGCUGGGAUGGUCUUCCUGUUCCUGUAUCCGAUAUUUCAGCUGGUAAGCUUCUACAUCGCGGUCGGUGGCAACCCGAAGGAUCUGCGGCUAGGGAUCGUGAACGAGGAGCUGACAAACAUUCGGCAGUGCUUCAACGAGUCGCUCAUAACCACCUACUAUCGCGAGGACUACGACUGUGAUCUGUACAAAGUAUCAUGUCGAUUUUUGGAGAAGCUUAACCGAAGUGUAGCGAUUCAGGAAUAUUACGACACAUAUGAGGAUGCGUAUCGCGAUGCGCGGAAGGGUAAAAUUCUUGGCUUCAUUCAUUUCUCGGAAAACUUCACCGAAUCGCUGCAGGACGUGCGGGACAAUGUGCGGGACGCGGACGACGGUUCGUUCCACACGUCCGAGAUUAAGGUGUAUCUGGACAAAUCGGACCAGCAGAUUACGUUCUUCAUCGAGAAGAAGCUGCUGCAAACGUAUCGUGAGUUUGCCGAAAGUCUCAUGUCCGACUGUCGGUUGCCGAAGCAGCUUGCCAACAUACCGAUCACCUUUGAGACGCCCGUGUACGGCACGUUCGAUGAGGAGUUUACCGACUUCAUGGCACCGGGUGUCGUAAUGACGAUGAUCUUCUUUCUGGCCACGUUGAUUACUGCCACCAUCUUCAUCACGGAUCGAUUAGAAGGAGUUUGGGAUCGAACGAUCGUUGCCGGCAUUACGGCACUGGAACUGCUGUUGGCGCACAUUAUCACACAAACGUCCAUAAUGUUGCUACAGUGUCUAGAAAUUAUUCUGCUCGCCACAUUCCUCUUCGAUGCACAGAACCAGGGAAGCAACAUAACCGUGGUCGGUUUGUUGAUGCUUUUAGGCUUCGCGGGAAUGUUGUACGGUCUACUAAUAUCGAUCUUUUGUGAUGCACAUUCAACUGCCAACUUUAUGGCGACCGGUAGCUUCUAUCCCAUGAUCAUUCUUUGUGGUAUCCUGUGGCCCCUGGAGGGUAUGCCCCAAUAUCUGCAGUACGUUGCAUACUGCUUCCCAUUCACCAUUCCGUCCAUAGCGGUGCGGAACGUUCUAACGAAAGGUUGGAGCAUUACCAACUCGCAAGUCUACAUGGGAUACGGCGCGGUAGGCGUUUGGAUCAUAAGCUUACUAUUACUGUGCCUGCUUGGGUUGAAGAUAAAGAAAUAGUUCAACCCGGAGCGUAAGGGGUACCAUUAAUGGGGAUUGGGGUUAAUGUUUUUGGCUAGCAGCUAUAUAUCUAUAGUAUUUAAUAUGAUAACAGGGCAACUCGCUGGGAUAUAAGUUUUAUGCUCUACUUUCUUCACUUCACCCUACCCCUCUUAAUAUCCUAAAGUCCCAUUCCCCGCGCUAAAUACUAGUUGAUAGUGAAUAAGUGCUAGUGCAAAACACGGGUUUUUUCUGGUGUAUAGGUUCUCUUUACACCCCACGGUUCCCCAAUCCAUUGCUCAACCUGGCCACACGUUGGGAAGAAACAAAAACGCUGUUUAGUCAGCACGUGUGAAUGCUUCUUUUUGUACAUAGACCAUUAAUAUUAAUUGCUAAUUGUGGCCGCACUUGCGCGGAUCUACAAACGGCAGGCGAGUGUUUGGUUUUGUGUGUGUUUAAUUUUAAGUAACAAAAGAGUUAUAUACACAUGCAUGGCCGGCGAGGAAUAGUAAUAGAGUGCAGAAGUAAAUAGAGAUUGUGCAACCAAAACAAGAUAGGACGCUUCUAUUAGUAAUGCCUGGUACGCGAAUGAAUAGCAGUGGUAGAGAUGUAAGUAUCUGUUGGAAGUCUGUCUAUGUCCUAGGUCUAAGAAUGUUUGUAAUAUGUUUUUUUUGCUUAUUUUGUGUUAUGUAAUGAGAAAAAUAAACAGAAAUGCUUACAAAACUGGUGAUUUCCAUUGUUGUUGAGUUCAAACGUCGAUCAAAGGAUGGCUAACUGAUUUCAUUGAAUUUCCGAAACUGAUAAACAGUUCUGUGUAAGUCUUAAAUAGGAGUAAAUCCCGCACA